AUGACAAUGAAUAUAACACAUGAUUCAAGUCGUGAUCUUCGACGUACUCGAUUAAUUCUUCUUUCUACACUUUUUUUUGUUGGUUUAACUGGUUGUUCAUUAGUUUUAAUAUGGCUAAUACGUUAUACUCGAUGGAAUACACGAUCAUCUCGUAUAUGUUCACUUAUUCUUAAUUUAAUUAUUGCCAAUUUAUCUGUUUAUAUAUUUGCUACUGGUAUACAAAUAUUUUGGGAAUUUCAAAAUAAUCGACAAUGGCCAUUUAAUGAUCUACUUUGUCGAAUUGUAAAAUUUUUUCAAAGUUUUUCAAUUCUUUCAUCAACAUAUAUUGUUGUUGCAAUGGCCAUUGAUCGUUGUAUUGCUAUUGUUACUCCACUAAAAGCCGGAAAUAUUCGUGUACUCUAUUUAUGCGGUAGUGCAUGGAUUCUAGCAGGUCUAUUAUCAACACCGAAUAUAUUUAUAUUUCACGUACAUAUUAAGGAUAGUCUUCGUUAUUGUACAGCAAGUUUUAGUCAUCAUUCAUCUCCUACAGGACGUCGUAUUUAUUUAACAUUUAUUACACUUGUUGUAUAUUUCAUACCAUUUCUUGUUCUUGUUCUUUCUUAUACACUUAUUUUUAUCAAAUUAUUAUGUCGUGAACAUGAUCAACGAGAUUGGUUUAUUAAUAGUUCAUCACCAACAUCAUCAUCAUCAUCAUCAUCAUCUUUUUGUUGUUGUUGUUGUUGUUCAAAGUUAUUUAAUAAUACAAAAAUAACAUUUUUAAAAAGAUCAAAUUAUAAAAAAUAUUUGAAUUCACCAUCAAAUUAUUCAUUAUGUAAUGAUAUUCAUAUACAACAAAAACGAAUAAAUACAUAUGCAAAAGCUCGAUCAAAAACAUUUCGUAUGAUUAUUGUACUUGUUUUAUUUAUGAUUUUAUUUGGUGCACCAUACUAUUGUUUAGAAUUAUACAUUGCUUAUACUGGUCGUAAACCAUCGGAUUCAGUAUUAGCUUUAGCUGGUGGUGCAGCUGUAGCGCCAUCAUCGAUAGAUCCAUGGAUAUUUCUCUUAUUUUGGGUUAAUUGGAGUGAACCGACCAAUGGUGGUACUCGACGACGAUUAGUUAAUCCAAAUUUAAAACAACAACAACAACAACAACAACAACAAUACAUGCACCUGAGACGAGUCAAUCGAUUAAACACAUCAGGUUCAUCAUCAGCAAGUGAUCCACAUCAACAUCAUAUUCUUACAUACAAUUCACCACGUCAAUCACCUUACACUACUAAGUGGGAUACAUACGUGUAA